AUGUUAUGUUCCUUCAUGUUUGCAGCAAUUAUCAUUGCUGUGGAAGGUUAUCGAUGUCAAGGAGGUCGACUAACACCGGAGCAACGUAAAGCAAUCGUUAUUCAAAAUAAUAAAUUCCGUUCGCAACUGAUCCGUGGCGAGCUUAAGAACAAAGCUGGUGAAUUUAUGCCACGUGGCAAGAAUAUGUUGAGAAUGAGAUGGAGUUGUUCGCUGGAAUAUUCCGCGCAGAGAUGGGCAGAUAGAUGUAUCUUUGGACACUCACCAAGAGAUCAAAGAAACAAUAUCGGUGAAAAUGUCUAUGCUUACUGGUCAUCAGGAAGCGUUGAAGGUCAUAGAAAAACUGCUGGUACAGAUGCUGGUAAAAAUUGGUGGUCAGAACUUCCGGAACGGUACGGAUCUAAUCCUUCAAAUAAUUUGACUGCUCAAGUUUCCAGCCAAGGUGUUUUGCAUUUCACACAGAUGGCUUGGGGUAAAACGUACAAAAUUGGCUGUGGUAUUGCUACAAACUGCGAUGGUGGCAGGACACUAAUGGUCAUUUGCCAUUAUUCGCCAGCUGGGAAUAUGUUGAAAGAGCUUAUAUAUGAGCUUGGCGAACCAUGCAAGAAGAACAAUGAUUGUUAUACCAAGAAGUGUUCAGUCAAGUCUGGAUUGUGCAACAAGUGA